AUGCCUUCAGGAGAUGUCAACUUCAAUGACAGUGCUGUGAAUCACCAAACUUUUCUCCUAGUUGGCAUUCCUGGCAUGCGGGAGUACAAUUCUUGGAUGGCCUUCCCUCUGUUUGUGCUCUACGCUCUAACUCUGCUUGGAAAUCUUGUGAUCCUCUUUGUCAUCAAGACAGAGCAAAGCCUCCACGAGCCCAUGUACAUCUUCCUCUCCAUCCUGGCCUGCUCAGAUCUGGGCCUCUCCGUGGCCACCAUGCCAACAAUGUUGGGUGUUUAUUGGUUUGACUCCAGGGAAAUCUCAUUCAAUGCCUGCAUCACUCAGAUGUUCUUCAUCCAUUUCUUUCAAUGGACGGAGUCUGGAAUCCUUGUGGCAAUGGCUUUUGACCGCUUCAUUGCCAUUCGUGAUCCCCUGAGAUAUUCUUUACUGCUCCCAAAUACAGUAAUUAUAAAACUAGGAAUUGCGAUCUUAUCCAGAGGAUUCUGCCUCAUCUUCCCAGUCCCCUUCCUUAUUAAACGGCUGCCCUUCUGCAGAUCCAAUGUUCUUUCUCACUCCUAUUGUCUCCACCAGAAUAUAAUGAAUUUGGCCUGUGCAGACACUACAGUGAAUGUGUUGUAUGGAUUGAUUAUCGUCGUGAGCACAUUGGGGUUGGACAUCGUCAUCAUUCUUGUCUCGUACAUCCUGAUUCUACAGACUGUCUUGAGCAUUGCUUCCCAAACAGAGCGCCUGAAGGCUCUCAACACCUGUGUGUCCCAUGUGUGUGCCAUCCUGAUUUUCUAUGUCCCCAUGAUAGGCGUCUCGGUGGUUCAUCGCUUCGGAAGGCACCUCUCUCUCAUUGUGUACAUGCUGAUGGCCAACAUCUACAUUGCGGUCCCGCCUGUUCUAAAUCCCAUCGUGUACAGUGUGAAAACGAAGCAGAUUCGGGAAAGGAUCUGCAAAAUGUUCCAGUAA